AUAAUAAUUUUAAUUUAGUCUGUCUGGUAACACUGCAGAUACAUUUGUUUUGUUGGCUGCACAUAUAGCUGAAAUCUUUUGUAGAUUUUUUAUUUAUAUCGCUAAUGUUAAAAAAUAUGAUUAAUUUAUGUAUUUAAAUAAAUACUUGUGCAAGAUAAAUAUAAGACGCGAUGUGAAAAUUUUGAUUUAGAAAACAAUCAGCAUUCACCACACACAAAGAGGGCGUCAACAAAGGGCGGAAGAGUGCAAAGCAGAAGAACCAAAAAAAAAAAAAAAAACAAAUUCGACGCCUAACAAAGAUUAUUAUUACUUGUUAGUAAUAGUAGUUGCGAUAAUUACGUUGCCAUGAGUAACCAUAGAUAUCAUCACGGCGGCGGCAGCUAUAUGCAUCCACGAAUGUCGUACCAACAUCAUUUUACAUACGUUUCUAGUUGUGUGAAAUACCUUAUCUUUUUGCUAAACUUUUUGUUUUGGCUGUUCGGUGGGCUGCUUUUAGCUAUUGGGGUCUACGCAUUUAUGGAUAAGCUAAAGGACGGCGUCGGCUGGGUUCGACUAGAAACCAUUUACGACGUCAUCUUCAAUAUCUCCUUAGUGAUGAUCAUUGCGGGAAUUGUCAUCUUUGUGGUCAGUUUUGCUGGUUGUUUAGGUGCUCUGCGAGAGAAUACUUGCCUUUUGAAAUUCUAUUCGAUGUGCUUGCUCAUCUUCUUCCUCAUGGAAAUGGCCAUUGCCAUAAUUUGCUUUGUGUUCCCACAAAACAUGAAUUCUUUCCUAGAGUUCCAAUUCACUGAUAAGAUUAUCCACUCAUACCGUGAUGACUCCGACUUACAGAACUUUAUAGACUUUGCACAGCAGGAGUUCAAAUGCUGCGGUCUCAGCAAUGCUGGCUACCAGGAUUGGAGCAAAAAUGAGUACUUUAACUGCUCGUCGCCAUCAGUAGAGAAAUGCGGUGUACCCUAUAGCUGUUGCAUCAACGCCACGGAUAUUAGCUCGGGCCUAGUCAACAUUAUGUGCGGCUAUGGUGUGCAGGAGCACUCGGUGGCUGCAGCUAGUAAACGGAUAUGGACUAGCGGCUGCAUUGAAAUCGUUCGUGUCUGGGCAGAAAGGAAUCUGUAUGUGAUUGCAGGGGUUGCAUUGGGAAUUGCGUUCUUGCAACUAUUUGUGAUUUACUUGGCCAAGACUCUGGAGGGCCAGAUCGAUAUGCAGAAGUCGCGUUGGUCGUGAGUGCCAUAGCACCCGGUUUUCUACGGGUACCCUUUUGAUGAUUUCUACUACUACGACACUCAAAUGUAAGCAGACGACAAGAAAGUAAACGGCCAGGCCGCCUCCGUGUCGCUCUUGCUAACCAAUUCUUUGUCAAUCGUCAGUUAAUCUGGUCCGUGCAAUGCUCAAACAUUUUUCACAAGUUUAAAAACAAUUAUUAUUUAUAAGCUUUUAUACUUCUGCAACUAUUUGCAUUUCGAAUACUAUUGCCUUUCAUUGCCAUUUUUCUGUUCUCAAUGUCUCAAAAUUAUACUCUCUAUACUAGCCCUUAAAUCUUAUACAUGUAUACCCAUAUACUCAUAAAGAAAUAAUUGUAUUACCAAAUGCCACAUUUGUAAUGAGCAUUGCCCAUUUAAUGCAUGUUUGUUUGUAAGUAUUUUAAACGGCUUAUCGAGCAUAGACAAAAUUAUAAGCAAAUUAAGAAAUUUUUAUGUAUUUCAACGCAAUAUUAAUGUGUUCUCGUUAUCAUACAAAUUGAAGACAUAAUGUAUAUAAAUGUUAAGAGAGGUGUAUGCAUUUACAGUAUGACAUUUCAACUAAAA